AUGACGGGCAAGGAUGUCGAUAUCGGAUUUUUGGAAGAAAAAGACUCAUGGUUGCUUCAUCCAAGAUUUUUCCCGAGCAAAGUUGGUGGUAAACCGUCCUGGCUGGAUUUAAAUAAUAUUGUGCUGCCAUCGGAUCUAACAUGUAAACACUGCAAUGAAGUUAUGAUAUUUUUGUGCCAAAUAUAUGCUCCUUUUGAAGAGAAAGAUGAUAGCUUCCAUAGGACACUCUUUAUAUUUAUAUGUAAGAAUGGACCUUGCUGUCGCCCAAAUAAUUCUGACAAUUUGAAAGUCUAUCGCUGCCAACUACCAAGGAAAAAUGAUUUUUACUCAUUUGAACCACAUGAAGAAAAUAAGAAUGAGGUGUUUCCAAUGGAUAAAAAACAUCAAGUAUUACACUGGCAAAAAGGACACAAGCAGAACUGUGACAAUUCUCUUGAGGAAGACCAUUACUUUACUGUAACAGAAUCUGGAAAAUCUAUCCUCUUUAAGGAAUGGGAAUUGAUUGUUGAUGAAGAAGAUAAAGAAGAUGUAAAAAACGUAGAUACAAAUCAAGAGAUGGAGAAAUUGAGAAAAUUAAUGCAUGAGCAAAAAGCAGGCACACUGAAUGACAUUAAUGAAAGUGAAUUAGAAGAGUAUGCGGGAAACAUGCCCGAGGAUAAAGUAUACAAUAAGUUUACUAAGCGAAUAGCAAAACACCCUGACCAAGUGUUACGAUAUGACAGAGGUGGAACACCAUUGUGGAUUACAGGAAGCAAUAAUACUAUAAUUGACGUGCCUAAUUGCCAGUACUGUAAUGGUGAACGAAAAUUUGAGUUCCAGAUAAUGCCACAACUCCUGAACUAUAUAAAUGUUGGCAUAGACCUGAACAGCAUUGAUUGGGGUGUGCUAGCAGUAUACACAUGUAAAGAUAGCUGUAAUUCGGGUCCAGCCUAUAAAGAAGAGAUAUUGAUAAAACAGGAUUUAAAUACAUAA